AUUUUAUGCGAUGUUAAGAGAAGAGCAGUUGUAAUCACAACUCUAUGAAGGAAAUAUCCAAGUUUCACGUGAUACUUUUUCAGCUCUCGUUUUCGCAUGUAAUUUGAGAAACGUAUAUAUUUAUAUACUUAUCAAGAGUCGCGUCGUGUCGCGCAUGAUCGAUGCCAGAUAUCAUUCACUUUUUUAAAAUAUAUAUUCGCAGUACAUUUGUAAAAUUUUUAUUAAUCUUUUAUUACUUGGUGAAAGUAAAUCAUGAAAGUUGUAAAACUUUUAUCUUCCCGAUCUGUAUCAACGAAGAGUACCUUUCGAAACCGGGUUAAAGAACAACUGGAUCAAUUACCUAAACCACCGAUUAUUAAAAAAUCGACCGUUGAUCUUGCAACGAUAGACCAUCAUUCAAAAUUAAGUAAUAAUUGGUGGGAUAGAAAUGGUGAAAUGCGUGCUUUGCACGCGCUAAAUCCUCUUAGGGUACAAUUUGUGAGAGAUGGUUUAGCUAAUACAGGUAUUAAAGCUGAAACUCCAUAUCUACCAUUGGAGGGAAUCAAAAUCUUAGACGUUGGUUGUGGUGGAGGAUUAUUGUCAGAACCACUAGCUAGAAUAGGAGCAGAAGUAACUGGGAUCGAUGCAUCUUCAGAACUAAUAUCAGUUGCAAAAGAACAUGCUGCAUUAGAUCCUAAUUUAAGUAGAAAGUUAAAUUACAUUCAAACAAGUAUCGAAGAUUUUGCUCCAGCUAAUAAUAAAACGUAUAAUGCCAUAAUAGCUUCAGAAGUUGUAGAGCAUGUGAAUGAGAAGGAAUUAUUUUUAAAGCAUUGUAUAGAUACAUUAAAGCCUGGUGGUUCCAUAUUUCUUACAACAUUAAACAAAACUCUGCCUGCUUGGCUUGGAGGGAUCAUUGCAGCUGAACAUGUUUUAAAAUUGGUACCAAAGGGUACUCAUGAUUGGAAUAAAUUUGUUACUCCAGCUGAAAUGCAGUGUUUAUUAGAAAAAUGUGGUUGUAAAACAAAAUUAAUUCAUGGAAUGUUUUAUAAUCCAUUAAAGAACGAGUGGUUUUGGAUAGCAUCAAGAGCAAUAAACUAUGCAAUUCAUGCAGUAAAAAGGAAGGAGUAGUAAUAAUGAACGUGUUUUUUCAUACAUUGUACUGUGAUAAUUUAUAGUAUUUAUAACGUAAAAAUUUUAAUUUUAUGAAAAGUAGUGCAAAUUAUUUGGUUAUUUAAAAAAAUAUAAGAAACGUAUAACUUAAACUUUAUUGCUUUCAUUUUUACAUGUAUACAUUUCAUUAUAGGAAAUUACUUUAUAUAUGUUGCAGCUUAAUCGUUAUUUUAUUUUUAAGAGUGUCACAUAGAAUACACUUACAUAAUUGGUAAGAAAUUUCUAUGCAACAAUUACCGAAGACUUAUUAAGUUAACUAACCGCUUUAUUAAGAUAUAAAAAAAAAAGUAUAUGUAUUUAAAAGCUUAUUUUAUUUGAUGAUCUAUUUAGCUUCGGCAAAUCCAACGCGGUUGUUUCCCAUAUCGAAUUCGGUGUAGUAGCGGCCAAUGAAUACAUCUCCCAAGAUCCAUAGUGGGCCAUUUGGUGGAGGAAUGUCUAUUCCCAUAAAUCCACUCAAGCAAACAGUUUUUCCAAACUGUUUAACCU